AUGAAACAGAAUUGGAUACGAGUAAUUACUUGGGUUGUGUUAAUGACAAUUAUCACCACUUCACCAGUCAACGGUAAACGUUUAUUACUUCGACCUCUCUCCGCCACUGAAGUAUACGAUAUUCUCAGAAGUGCAGGUCGCGAGGAUGCAGUACCUGAAGGUCGUGUCGUUACACAAGGAAUUGCUGCUGCUACUGGUUUCGUUCUUGGUCUUACGAAAGGUAUUGGCGGUUCAUUACUUGUAGACUUGGCAACAAAUCUAUUUAAAUUUGGCAAUUCUGGAAAUACAACAGUACAAAUUUCGACCCAAGAAAUAUGUUUUUCAAGUAGAAGUCUUAAUGAAAUUGACGAUAGCGAAGACGAUGUUGAAGCAAUGGCUAGACAAGCGGCUACAACGACUGAAACGUUAACAUCACCUACUAUGCCUGCCACUUCCACCUACACUGAUACCACAAAUGACACUGGUGGCACUUCUGGUACUGACACACAAACCACGUCUACAACGGGCAGUACAACGAAUUGCAUUGUUAUUAAUAAACCUUUAUCAGGAUAA